AUAAUAUAAGAGAUGACGGGAAAAGGAGAAACCAAUCACUCAGGGGACGUCGGUGGCGCUGUCAGAUCUCUCCAAGAGACUCCCACUUGGGCUCUGGCCACCGUUUGUUUCGUUUUCAUUGCCGUCUCCAUUGUCAUAGAGCGUUUCAUCCAUCUACUCUCUACUAGACUAAGGAAAAAUAGAAAAACAUCUCUACUUGAAGCUGUAGAAAACCUCAAAUCAGUUCUAAUGGUGCUAGGAUUCAUGUCGCUGAUGAUAAAUGUGAUUGAAGUAGAAGUUUCGAAGAUAUGCAUUCCCAUAAAGUACGCCAAUCGAAUGCUGCCUUGCCAUGAAACCCAAAAAUUACUUGAUGAUGAUGAUCAUAACAACUUCUUUCAUCAUUGCUCCAAGGGGAAGACUUCACUAAUAUCACAAGAGGGGUUGACUCAGUUGAGUUUCUUCUUCUUCGUGCUGGCAUGUAUGCAUAUUCUCUUCAAUCUUGCCACUCUUCUCCUUGGGAUGGCCAAGAUGAGGAAAUGGAAAUCGUGGGAGAAAGAGACCCAAACGGUGGAUCAUUUGGCAGCAAACGAUCCAAAUAGAUUUAGAAUCACAAGAGAAACCACAUUUGCUCGACGUCACCUGAGUUCUUGGAGUGAAACAUCGAUUCAACUUUGGAUUAAAUGUUUCUUCAGACAAUUCUAUAACUCGGUGGCGAAAGUCGACUACCUCACGCUCCGUCAUGGAUUUAUACAUACUCAUUUAUCGGCCAAUAAUUCUUUCAACUUCCAAAAGUAUAUACAAAGAUCUUUACAUGAAGAUUUUAAGACUGUGGUUGGUAUCAGUCCUUUAAUGUGGCUAAUUGUGGUCAUCUUUAUGCUCCUCGAUGUUCAUGGUUGGAGAGUAUAUUUUUGGAUGUCAUUUCUGCCACUUAUUAUGGUUCUAGUGAUCGGGACGAAACUAGAAGUGAUAGUGGCGAAUAUGGCGGUCAAUAUAAAGGAUAGUAACAGUGUGAUCCGAGGAAGCCCUCUCGUUGAGCCAAACGACAAGCAUUUCUGGUUUUGCACUCCUCGUUUCCUCUUAACCGUUUUACACUACACGUUGUUCCUGAACACCUUCGAGAUAGCAUUUUUUGUGUGGAUUACCUGGAAAUUUGGGAUAAACUCUUGCUACCAUGAACAAAGAGUGGUCGUCGUCACACGACUUGUAUUAGCGGUGACAGUCCAAGUCUUGAGCAGCUACAUUACACUACCUCUUUACGCCAUUGUAACUCAAAUGGGAUCAAGCUACAAGAGAGCAAUCUUAGAAGAAGAUACAGCAAAUGUGUUAAGGCGAUGGCAUGGUAGGGUAAGAAACGAGAGGAAAGGAAACCAAAUGUCAGUAACCGGAAACAAUGGUGACAAGAAUGUCGUUGAUAUCGAUUCCCCCGAGAAUCAGAAUCAGCCAGAAGUUGUUUACGAUUUCAGAUUUUCGGGUAGACAACCACCUAUAUUACAAGAGAUACCAAGACAAAUGAAACUGAAAGGUGAUAGGAUUGAAGGAGAAGAAGAGGUUGUUGGUAGUGAAAAGAAUUAAACUUUAGCUAGAAGAAGUUUUAUUAGAGAUUGUGUAAUAUUACUAAUUAACUAGUGAGUGCAAGUGGUAUGCAUAUGUGUGUGAGGCUGUGGUUUCACUUAAGUUGAUAUUCUAAUAAAUAUUAGUAUUUGAAUAUUUG